UCAAUUGUCAAGUGAAUUCUUCGAAGUGCAUUUCGCUGUGAUUUCCAGAAAAACACGAAAAGUACGCUCAAGACGCGCUCAAGAUGAAGACAUUCAGUGCAUAUACGAAUACUUUCAUCUUCUUAAUCAUCAUUGGAGCCAAUUUAGCUUUGGCUGAAGAGAAAUGUGGAGAGAAAUCAGAGAGACGAGACUUGUACAGACGGCGGAACAGCUUAUUCGAUCAAGACUUCGGCUUGGAGUUCGCGCCUGGUGACUUCCUGACUUCCAUGUUUUUUCCCUUCUCGUUCCACGACUACUAUCGGCCCUGGCGUCACCUAGCUUCAAUCAGCAGAGACGUCGGAUCCACCAUUAAGACGGAUAAAGACCAGUUCCAGAUAAACUUGGACGUUCAGCACUUCAGCCCUGAUGAGAUCACAGUUAAGACUUUAGAUGGUUAUGUAGUCGUUGAAGGAAAGCAUGAGGAAAAGGAAGAUGACCAUGGCUUUGUCUCCCGUCAGUUUGUGAGGAGGUACUCUUUGCCUGAGGGUGUUGAGCCGGAGAAAGUGGUAUCUCAGCUGUCCAGCGAUGGAGUCCUGACGGUGUCGGCGCCGAUGAGGUUGCAGUUGGAGAACACAUCGGAGAGAGUGGUGCCCAUCACACAGACUGGCCCGAUUAGGAAAGAAAUUAAGGAAAUAAAGGAAAGCCCUGAGCUUCCUAAAAACCCCUAUACGGAAUCCUGUGAGAAAGACAGUUGCUCCAAGAAAAAUUAGGUACCCGUUUUUGUUAAUCUCUAUGUUGAGUGGCUAGUCAUCUCAUGAAAAUGUUAUUUAAGACUGAUUUUUUUUAAUAAAAAAUAUUUAUAUUA